CGAGAAAACAAGAGGAGGAAGGGACGUCGAUUUGGGAUUCUUCUCAACAAUCUUCCACUUUGCCCGACCUUCAACAGACCUACGAUCAUGUCUUUCGCCGCCUGCACUUUCCUUAGGUCGGGUGUAAACGCAGCUAUAGUGUUAUUCUAUAUCGUCUUCCUCCUCUCCCUAAUCGCCGACAUCGCCGAUUGCACCACGGAUGUACAGAAAUGCAGCAGAAAAUGCGUUGCUCAGAACUGCAAUACUGUGGGGAUAAGAUACGGGAAAUACUGUGGUGUUGGGUGGACUGGUUGUCCUGGUGAAGCUCCAUGCGACGAAGUAGAUGCUUGUUGUCAGAUUCAUGAUGAUUGCGUCGGAGAAAAAGGAUUAGAUAGUGUCAAGUGCCACAAGAGUUUCAAGAGGUGCAUAAAUAAAGUACAAAAGACAGGAAAAGCUGGAUUUUCGAAAGAUUGUUCUUACGACGUGGUUAUUCCCACGAUGAGGCAAGGAAUGGAUUUGGCCAUCAUGCUCAGUGAUCUAAAGAUUGAUCUUUAAUGGUAUAUGGCAGAAAGUAGCAAUUCGAUGAUUGCAUAUUUUUUUUUUUUAUCAAUUCUUUGUUGAUUGAACAACAGAAGGUUCAGAAUGUCAAAUUGGUCUGAUCUGCACAUUUUAUUUAUUUUUCAUUUAUUACCAUCCAAUUCUGAGAAAAGGGGGAACAUAUUAUUUGUUUUGUUUUCUUCUUUUGGUUGGAUUUACAAUUACUUGGAAGAUUUUAUUUGAAAAGAGUUCAUGGUAAUUAUAAUAUUGAAGAAAUGAAGAUUAUAUUGACUGAUUACA